CCUUGCACAAGUUCUCGGUGCAUAUCUGAACAAUCGAACUGUUCAUGUAAUAUCAACAAAACAGGAAACAGUUCCCGUCCUGGUACCCGGUCUGUUGAUACGUUAGCUCUCGACAAGUCAGUCUUACUGGAUCAAUUAAGAGAUAAUUUAACAUCAUAUUUUGACGAAGAGACGAAUACAAGACAAAAACCUGCCCGAUGUCCUGCAGAAAAUUCUCAUAAGUGGGAUUUCAACUGCGUAUCGCUUUGUCCUGAUAUGCCACAUUUAAGUGCGACAUCUGCGCGUGCGCAGGUUUAUAUCAAAUGUAAGAGUAAACCAACCAUCGAAUUAGUGAACGUUAAACAAAUGACGCCAAUUCAAACUUUUCCGGAAAAUUCAAAAUGCAUUUCUGAAUUUGUAAUGCAGAACUGUUACGAUGGCAACCCAGUGCCAAGUCUAGUUCAUUAUAUCUGGUUUUCCAAAAAAGAAAUGAAUUUUUAUCAUUUUCUUAGCUUUCUUAGUGCUAGUAAGUUUUUAAAACCAUGUUUGAUAAUGGUUCAUGGUGACUAUCCGCCAUUCGGAUUCUAUUGGGUAUAUUUAUUAAAUCUAGUGCCAAAUAUAAUUCACGUGCAAAGAAAUCCACCGGAAGCUGUAUUCGGAAUACCAUUAGGAAACAUAGAACAUAAAGCAGAUGUUGGCAGAAUACAGGCUUUACAAAGAUUUGGGGGAAUAUAUAUGGACACAGACGAGGUCAUACUAAGGUCAUUGGACAAUCUUCGAAAAUACCCUUUUACCCUCAGUCACGCAGUUGACCAUAAUCUCAGUAACGGACUUAUUCUUUCGGAGAAAAAUGCAGCUUUUUUGAGCAAAUGGUUUUCAGAAUAUAAAACCUACACAAAAGAUCAAUGGGCAUAUCAUUCAACAAUUGUGCCAAAUUUGUUAUCUGAAAAAUAUCCACAUUUAAUUCAUGUUGAAAAUAAAACAUUUGUGAGACCUAAUUAUACGCAACUUCGGUUACUGUUUGAAAUGAAUUUUGAUUGGUCUAAAAAUUAUGCUAUUCAUUUAUAUAUACGCUUUUACAAGUUUAUCCAUGAUUUUCAUGAUAUAAGAUAUUUGAAUACUACUAUUGGAUCUGUAGCUAGACAUGUUCUGUACGGGAGUAAAGAACUUUGUGCUAAUUCACUCAAUAAAAUGCAAUAAAACUAA